GUGACAGACAAGUGUGAUUUCCUUGAGACAAGGCAAAGCAUAGAUCCGUGAAGGCCUGCUAUGGAUUCAGUGACCUUUGAGGAUGUGUGUGUGACCUUCGCUCAGGAAGAGUGGGAUCUACUGCGUCCUGUACAGAAGAAACUCUACAAAGAUGUGAUGUGGGAAACCGUGAGAAACCUGGCCUCUGUGGGUGAGGCGAGUGAACUAGAAGACCAGGAUGUUUCGAAUCAGUACAGAAUCCAAGAGGAAAAUGUAAGAAGUUAUGUGAUACAAAGACUCUAUGAAAGUAAAGAAGUUAUUCAGCAUGGAGAAAGCUUCAGACAGAUUCCAAACACUGGUGUGGCCAAGAUAACAUCUGGAGGAAAAGCAUAUAUUUGUAGCAUGUGUGGAAAAGGCUUCAUGCUUUGUUCAUCCCUUGCCAGGCAUGUCAGAACUCACCCCGGCCAUGAACUUGAUGGAUUUAAGUGUGGAGAGAAGCGAUUUAAGUGUAAGGAAUGUGGGGCCACCUUCAGUUACCUCAAGUCCUUUCAGAGACAUGAGAGGACUCACGCUGGAGAGAGCCCCUACAGGUGUAAGCACUGUGGGAAGACCUUCAUCUAUUUCCAGCCCUUUCAAACACAUGAACGGACACACACUGGAGAGAAACUCUAUCAGUGUAAGCAUUGUGGUAAAGGGCUUAGUUCUCCUGGUUCUCUUCGAAUUCAUCAAAGAAUUCACACCGGGGAGAAGCCCUAUGUGUGUGAGAAGUGUGGCAAAGCCUUCAGUUGUCCCAGUUCCAUCCAAAUCCAUGAAAGAACCCACACCGGGGAGAAGCCCUAUAAAUGUAAAGAAUGCGGGAAAGCUUUCAUAUCCCGCACAAGUGUCAAAACGCACAUGGUCACACACAGCGGUGAUACAAACAAGCCUCAUAAAUGCGAGCAUUGCGGGAAGGCGUUCCUUCGGCCGUGUUUUCUGCGAGUGCAUGCGCGGAUUCACACUGGAGAGAAGCCCUAUGUUUGCAAGCAGUGUGGUAAGGCCUUCAGAUGUUCCACUUCGAUGCAGAUCCACAAAAGGACUCACACCGGGGAGAAACCCUACAAGUGUAAGGAGUGCGGUAAAGCCUUCAGUGCCCAUUCGGCGUUUCGAGUCCACAGGCGGGUGCACACUGGAGAGAAGCCUUAUAAAUGCAGAGACUGUGGAAAAGCCUUCAUCUGCCUCACCUACUGCCGUGCGCAUGAGCGAAAACACACCGGCGAGAAAUCCCAUGAAUGUGAGCAGUGCGGGAAAGCCUUCGCCUCUCUGGAAAACUUUCGACGGCAUGUCAAAACUCACGCCAAAGAUACACCUUAUAAAUGUAAGGAGUGUGGAAAAGCUUUCGUUUUCCUCAGCGCCCUUCAAGCACACGAGAGGAUUCACACUGAGGAGAAGCCUUACAAAUGUGAACAAUGUGGCAAAACCUUUAGAUGUUCAAGUUAUGUUCAGGUACACAGGAGAAUCCACACCGGGGAGAAACCCUAUGAAUGUAAGGAGUGUGGGAAAACCUUCAUUUAUUCGACAAGCUUUCGAGGGCACAUGAGAAUGCACACGGGAGAGAAACCCUACAAAUGUAAGGAGUGUGAGAAAGCCUUCAGGCUCGGCAGUUCCCUUAAAAGGCAUGAGAGAACUCACAGCUAAAGAAAUGUGCUUUGUGUGCGCAUGCAUGGGAGAACUUUUUGCUUUGUCCACAUCCUUCAAUAAACGUGAAAAUGCACAAUAGAUAACAAAUGUGAGGAAUGAGGGGGAAUGAACAUUUUCAAUGUUAACACUUUGUUGUGAAAUUAUCCAUUGUGGAGAAAUCUCAUGCUAUUAGUUAAUUAAUUAAGUAAUACAGGAAACUAACUGCAGUGUAAUAGGAAACUCACAUCAAGUGGGCCAGAAAAUUCAAAAUGUU